AUUUCCAUACCAACUCCCAAAUAAAUAAAUAAAGUAAAAAAAAAUUCACAUAAAAUGAAAACAAAGAAAAUGAAUUCAACAAAGCCACAUGUUGUUGUAAUCCCAUACCCAAGCCAAGGCCAUAUAAACCCACUUCUUCAAUUUGCUAAACGUUUAGCCUCCAAGGGAAUCAAAGCCACAUUCGCCACUACCAAACACACAAUCUCCUCUAUCUAUUCCCUCCAAAACGUCGCCGUCGAGCCGUUAUCGGACGGGUUCGACGAUGGAGUCUACCCUGAAGCCGGGUCCGAGGACUUCUUCCUUAACUCGUUUAAAUUAAAUGGUUCUAACUCCCUUGCCCGCCUCAUUGAAAACCAUCUAAACACUGCGUUUCCGGUGACUUGUGUGGUAUACGACGCGUUUUUACCGUGGGCCUUGGACGUGGCUAAGGAUUAUGGCUUAUUUGGCGCCGCGUUUUUUACUAACUCGGCUGCGGUUUGCUCCAUUUUCUGUUGUGUGAGCCGUGGCUUGAUUGAGUUGCCUUUUAAGCCGGACGCGGUGCAAUGUGCUUUGCCUAAAAUGCCCUUAUUUAAAGGCGAUGAUUUGCCUACUUUUCUCAGGAAACCUGAAAGUUACCCGGCUUACUUGGCUAUGAAGUUGAGCCAGUUUUCUAAUUUGGAUUUAGCUGAUUGGAUGUUUUGCAACUCUUUUGAAGAUUUGGAGUUAGAGGUUAUCGAAGGUAUAACGGAGAAAUGGCCGGCAAAAUUAAUCGGACCGAUGGUUCCGUCCUCUUACUUAGACGGGAGAAUAGACCGAGACAUUGGUUAUGGAGCAAGUUUGUGGAAACCAUUAAGCGAGAAGUGCAAAGAAUGGCUGAAAAAUAAGCCAAGGAAAUCAGUAAUUUACAUAUCUUUUGGUAGCAUGGUUUCACUAACUCGAGAACAAACUGAGGAAAUAGCAUGUGCAUUAAAAGAAAGCAACUAUUACUUCCUUUGGGUGGUUAGGGAGUCCCAAUUUAGUAAACUCCCAAAAGGGUUUCAAGAAGAAGUGUCGAUGACAGAACGAGGAAUGAUCGUUACAUGGUGCAACCAGCUGGAAGUUUUAGCCCACGAAGCAACUGCUUGCUUCGUGACUCAUUGUGGGUGGAACUCGACACUCGAAGGGCUUAGCCUCGGGGUGCCAAUGGUAGGGGUCCCACAAUGGAGUGAUCAGUUGCCUGACGCGAAGUUCAUUGAGGAGGUUUGGGGGGUUGGAGUCUGGGCUAAGGAAGACGAUAAAGGAGUGGUUAGGAGAGAAAACUUGAGAAGAUGUUUGAAGGAAGUAAUGGAAGGGAAAAGGAGUGAAGAGAUAAGAGAGAACGCUUCCAAAUGGAGAGAGUUGUCUAAGAAAGCAGUUAGCCAUGGUGGGAGCUCAGACAACCAUAUUAACGACUUUGUUCAACAUUUGAGAUGUACCAGUUCCAGUUCCGUAAUGGGUGAUGACCAUCAUGUUCCACAACGGGAGCACGAAUACCCAUUCCUGGACAAAGCCGGACUUAUCACAGUUAAAUAAUGGAUUUUAUGAUAACAGAAUUGUACUGGUGU